AAGCGACCUCCGCCAUGAUCGUAACCGUGUCCCUUCAGUAACACCCCCUCGCCCUUCUGCCUUGGAAUACAUUUUUCUUCUCGGUUAUUUUCCAUUCGUCGAGCGUUAACUAAUCUAAAAACAAUGAUUUCAUUCUAACGAAGAAGAAAAAGUGUCUCCAGUCAUUUUUUUUUUAAUUAAAAAACAGAUCUCUGACUGAUGGAUUUUUUAAAAUUCACCGUAGUCGCACCUCGUAAACGAGACAAAUAGCAAAAAUGAAGAGAAUAAAAAUAAUGGUAAACAGUGUUUUGUUGCAAAUUCUGUUGUGCCUUUUUAUUUUCGAAUUUCCAUGUGAUGUUAAUGGAGGUACAGAGCCCACGGGGAUAUGCUCUAUGUCAGGAUGCAACUGCAGCAUCGUUGUGCAUCAUUGGAUUACCGUCAAGUGUAUCUUCUCGGAGUAUGAGGAUGUGGAGCUUCAGAAAGGAAGUAUCCCGGAAGAUGCAUCUGAGGUAUCGGUAUCACGUUGCCGUGAACUGAAGAUUCACUCAGGUGCAUUCAGAGGAGGGGCCCAACUGAAAAGAGUGCACGUCACUGGAAUUCGCAGUUUUGUAGCUAAACAGCAGGCGUUUGACAACAUAACAGCACCAAAUCCUCUUCUGGAAGUGUCUGAGUGUACAAAAGUCGUACUGGAGUCGUAUGCUUUUAAAAAUGCCCGAGGUACUCUCUCCGUGUCUAUAUCAAAAUGUCGACAUGUGGAAAUAAAACCCAAUGCAUUUUCCUGGCUCCUGAGGUUCACUGUCAAGGAAGUACCAGCACUGGAAUUAUCCAGCAAUGCAUUUAAAUUCGAGGCACCACCGUAUGGGCGACAUGGACCAGCCACCAAGAUUAUGUUCCAAAGCGUUAGAAUCGCUGAAAUACCAAGCCUCGCGUUUCCAUCAGCAGCAGCAGAAAUACGAAUGGACAAUGUCUGGACGAGGGUGAUACGAAAGGACGCAUUCUGUCCCAUGACAAUAUUAAGCAUUAAAAUCACAAAUGCAUCGAUAGUUGAGAUUGAUUCCGGUGCAUUCAGUCAUAAAACCCUCAUUCCCAAUUUGGAAUUGGUUGAGGUCAGGCUGAAGACCAUCAAGACUGGUGCUUUUCGAGCGGCCUUCACUAAUUUUAGUCUUCAGUAUUCAAGCAUUUCUGAAAUUGAGGAGGGAGCUAUCGAGUCAUCAGUGGUAACCGUGACCUUCAACAACAACGAAUUCCUCAGCCUCCGGAGGAAUGCCGUGACAUUAAGACAGUGGAGUAAAAUAGCAAUAGAUGAAAAUUUAUUCGUGGAACUGGCAGAGGACGCUAUAGUCGCAGACGAGAUUGCAAAAGUAACUGCUGACGAUCCAAGUACUGACUUUUCAUUUCGUGGAAAUCGAAUAAAGAGGCCAUCAGACGGUUCCCUAAGAUUUGUAUCCAUCAGUGAAAGAGUGAUGUACGCCAGAGUAGGAAAUAAUUUCUUCGAAGAACUUUGUAGUUGUGUAAUUGAGGAUUGGAUGCGUCGAGUGUCUGGGAAAAAUACAUCAGCAUCGUGGAUGAUGGACUCCAGUUUUUGCAUCGCCGGUGACUGGUUGGAGAAGUGCUUCAAGGCACCUCAAGGUUAUUUGGCAGUGAGAAAUUUCACAAAUGCUAUGUGCACACCUAAAGAUCAGAUAACAUGCAAGGAGCCCUCAGAGAAGUCGAAACCAAGUGUUAGUCCACCGAGUGUUGGUCCGCACGUAUAUCCCAGGUUGAAUAACUAUUUUGACGUGGAGAUGAGUGAUCCAGAACAGUUGGAACGAGAGAAGAGACUGAUAAUCAUCGUGUGUGUUGUCGCUGUGUUCACAGUUGUUGGAGUAAUAUUUGCCUGUGGUAUUCUCUACAUGCGUCGCCGAGGAGUCUGUCCAAAGCUCAUCUCUCGAUCAUUGAAUUUUUCCAAUUCCUGGCUGUCACCCAGCAAUGGAAUUACAGCAGCAACAUCAGCCAGAUCGAUAUCCCGAUUGAGUGUUAAUGAAUAUGCUGGACUACAUCCCGAAGCCAGAACCAUUGAUCUUGAUGAACAGACGAUUAUCCACGAAGAUGAUGUAGAGGAUUUUACUUACACAGAGAAUAAAGCAACUCAGACACUUCCUGAGGAGCUCACUGAGGAGUAUCUGAAGGAGCUCAGAGAGCGUCUCAACGAUCCUGACAAUUACAGCCAAGCCAGGGACAUGAUUGAGCAUCUCUAUGAUCUCAUCAAGGUCGAGGAGAAUUGUAAUAACAAUAACAGCGACAGAUCUCUUCCAAGGGGUGAGGAGAAUGCCUACGACAUUAUAGCGCCGAGAAUCAAACGCUCACGAAAUGCCAGGCCCUCUGUCAGUGUUGGAACCCGGGCCCCAUCCUUGGAGAGGCUUCUUCCAGCAGGUAAUGUCACGAGACCGGCCAUUGUCGAGUACAUGGAGCCAAGAGAUCAACGGACAUGUGAUCUUCAUCAUCUGUACGCUGAAUUACCUGGGGACGAGACAGUUCCAAGUACUAGUAGACUCUCCCAGACAAUUUCCUUGACCUUAACAGCCGCUGCUGCGAGAGCUCCUCAUCCCUUACCCCCUGACGUUGUCAAUGAUCACUUGAUCGAUGAGGGGAGCCACCACAAAUAUGCUAAUCCACUGGGGGAGGGAAAUCCUUAUCGAGAAACAACUGAGAGGCUGGACGAUCAUGUACACAAAGAGCAACAGCGUCCAUUAACAUUCUUGAAAGCUCUGGGCGAAAGUAUUUUGGGAACAAAACACAGGCGACCUGUCAAUUCAUUGCUUUGCGAGUACACCAGCGAUCUCAAUGCACAUCUGUACUCGGAACUAGGUGAUUCCAAAGGAGUCUCAACGUCAACUAGAAAAAUGGCUAAUCGACCACUACCAAAUAAACCUGACCAGGACACCCUCAAUUCAGCUGGGACCUGAGGAUUUUUUAAAUAACAUAUUGAAAUACUGUGCCAAGUUAUUUAUCUGUGAUAAAAUAUGUUAUUCUUUUUGCACAAUGCGUAAAAAAUGGAGUGACAUUCAUCAGUGUAAAAGGAACCGACGUUAAAAAUUCAUGAAAUUAUUUUUCACGUAAUUUGUCCGUACGAAUUUAUAUACCUUUGUAAUCUCUGAACGAAAGCGAUUUAGCAUGUCUUUAUCAGCGUAUAUGUAUAUAUGUAUUGUUCCAUUAGAUUAUCAAUGGAGUGGAGUUGAUUGUCGAAGGAAUCCGUAGAGUAAAUACUUUUGUAUAAAUUCUCUCUUCAUUUUUCUGCUUUAAAAAAAAACCAUUGCCCGCUUCGAUCUUGAAAUUAGAUAUACUCUCGAGAAUUCGAUACAUUCCUCCAAUUUCUUCCUAUUGGAGGGAAUAAAAUGAUACAUAGAUUGUCGAAAAACUCCAACUUGUUAUUUUGAAAAUAAAUGUCUCAAUGAAUUUCCAUUUUCCGUGUAUCCAAAAAAAAACAUGGGUAACGUGGGGGAGCUUAUGGGGAUUUUCAAGAUUUGGCUCAAAUAAUGAGUGAGAAUAUUUUUGACUGAGGGGCGUAGCCAACCCAACUAUUCCCGAAAGAAUGCAGGGAGAGAAAAUGGAAUGAACUUGUGGCGAGAGAAGGCGGUCUGUCUCGCAGCUGUCGGCUUUUUCCUCGGGUGUGUACAGACGCGCCUGAACCCCACAAAAAAAUUAAAAAAAAAAAAACCCCUCCAUUCAAGUUACCUAAGGUUUUCCUGAGUGUGAAAGGGCCUUUACCAGACAAUUGUGCAGUGGUUAUUUGUCGUUGUGUAAAUUGGCUGAUCGUGAAACUCCACAAAUGACGAACGACAAUGGAUGAUAAUAAGAGAAAUGCUAACCGGAAGUGGAUGGGUUAACGCCCGAGAUGAUCGUUUCCCAAGGGGAGUUUGUGUUAUAAGUCCAUCAGAUUUCAUCAGGGAGGCCAAUCAUCCCAUCAUGCAGUCCAUUCCAACCAAUGAAUUUAUCGAAACGAACGAAUUGUACUUCAAUGUUCCAUUUGCCACGCGAACAAUCGAAUAUUUUUUUGCUGCAUCGUGUGCAAAUACGACGUAUUAAAUAGUCGAGAUUUUCGCAUUCACCAUUUCAUAUGCCAUAAAGUUUUGUUCUCAGAUGAUGUAGGAAAAUAAAUAAAAAAAAAACCACUGACAAACUCCCACAGCAGGAUGCACGCAUUUCGCCUCGGGGCGUUGGGCCCCUUAUCGCAAAGUGCAUCAGAGUUUCGAGAAAAAAAAAUAUUAUCUUAUUCGUAGAUAUGUAAGAGAAAUUUGUAUAUAUCUCCUAGGUGAUGCAGCAUGAGCUGUACAUGAGACUGUCAACACUACAUCCCACUGGUUUUUCCAUUAAACACUCAACUUAUCUGUCGAGAUAUUAAUAGCACCGGCAAUGCGACUAAUGCGACUAAUCGAAUGACAAAGAGCAGCUAUGGUGUGAAUUAUAGGGAACAUUAAGCUGCCAUGAAAUUUGGAAAACUCAAAAAGACUUGCAAAAAAAUUAUUUUGUGACUCAUUGUUUUUUUAUAAUAAAAAUUGACGUUUAAAAAAUUAUAUCCCGCC